AAUAAGUAGCCACUUGCACGUUGUUAAACUCUAGUUUACUAAAUAGAGGAAUGAAGUUGUAGUUGUGAGAAAAUUCAAAGGAAACAAUUAACAAAUCUCCAUCUCCGAUACUUACAAUUUUUUUUUUAUUUUUUUUGAGAAUAACCGAUACUUACAAAUUUACUAAUUAAAACAAACUUAUUACACUAGCCAAUCCAUUAUCCAUGAAGUCAUCCAAAAGAGUGUAAUUUCUUUGAAUUUUCUUUCUUUACCCUUCUUCUCAAACCUUUUUUUUAUUUUAUAUAUAGAGACCACAAUAUUGAAUCCCCAAUUCCUCUUUCUCUAAAGUCCCCCAAAACAAAUCAACUCAAAAGUGUACUCUGUCACUAGAACAGCACUCAGUACCCAAAAAUGGUGGUUGCUAGCCCUGGUAGUGGUAGUGGUGGCGGUGGUGGCAUAGGUGGUUUGGCUGACAUGAAGAACUUAACUGUUCAAGUCAUCACCGGCCGGUGGUUCAUGGUCUUCGCAUCAUUUCUCAUAAUGGCAGCCGCCGGUGCAACUUACAUGUUCGCUCUUUACUCAAACGACAUCAAAACCGCCUUAGGUUACGACCAAACGACAAUUACUCUACUAAGCUUUUUCAAAGACCUAGGAGCAAACGUCGGCGUCCUAUCCGGCCUUAUCAACGAGGUCACGCCCCCGUGGGUGGUUCUUUCAAUGGGGGCAGUCCUGAACUUUUUCGGGUAUUUCAUGAUUUGGCUUGCCGUCACCAGAAAAAUCUCCGGCGUCCAUGUUUGGCAUAUGUGCUUAUAUAUUUGUAUAGGAGCAAACUCUCAAGCCUUUGCAAACACUGGUUCUUUAGUCACGUGCGUCAAGAACUUUCCUGAAAGUCGCGGUGCCGUUCUUGGAAUCUUGAAAGGUUAUGUAGGGCUGAGUGGUGCAAUUAUAACUCAAAUAUAUCAUGCCGUUUAUGGUGAUGAUUCAAAAAGCUUGAUCUUGCUGAUCGGUUGGUUACCGGCGGCGAUUUCUUUUGCUUUCUUGAGAACUAUAAGAAUCAUGAAGGUAAUUCGCCAACCGAAUGAGCUCAAAGUUUUUUACAAUUUUCUCUACAUUUCGCUAGGCCUUGCAGCGUUUUUAAUGAUAAUUAUUAUACUACAAAAAAGAUUGCAAUUUACGCGGAGUGAAUAUGGUGCUAGCGCUGCUAUGGUUCUUUUCUUGCUGUUUUUGCCUCUUGCUAUUGUUUUAAUAGAAGAGUACAAGAUUUGGCAAAACAAGAAACUAGCUUCAAAUAACCCCUCACCUUUGAAAAUAAUUACAACCGAAGAAAACACUGCCACAGCCACAGACACAGUCACAGUCACGGCUGCCACAGCCAGCACUGCAGCCUCGUCGGGAAAUGUCAUUGACGAAAAUGUUUCAUGUUGGAAAACUGCGUUUAAGCCACCAAAUAGAGGAGAGGACUACACAAUAUUACAAGCACUUUUUAGUAUUGAUAUGUUAGUUCUCUUCUUAUCAACAAUUUGUGGAGUUGGGGGAACACUAACAGCUAUUGACAACUUGGGUCAAAUAGGGACAUCUUUAGAGUACCCUAAAAGAAGUAUAAGUACUUUCGUUUCAUUAGUGAGUAUAUGGAAUUAUCUUGGUAGAGUUGUGGCAGGUUUUGCUUCUGAACAUUUUUUAUCCAAAUAUAAAUUUCCUCGCCCUCUAAUGCUCACAUUGAUCCUUUUAUUUUCUUGUGUGGGGCAUCUCCUAAUCGCAUUUAAUGUCCCUGGUGGACUUUACGUGGCUUCAAUAAUUAUUGGGUUUUGUUUUGGUGCUCAAUGGCCUUUGCUUUUUGCCAUAAUCUCUGAAAUUUUUGGUCUCAAGUAUUAUUCUACUCUGUACAAUUUUGGGGGAGUGGCUAGCCCUAUUGGGUCCUAUGUGCUGAGUGUGAGAGUAGCAGGGCAAUUGUAUGACAUAGAAGCAAACAAGCAAUUGGCAGCUAAAGGACUUAAAAGGCAGCAUGGUCAAGAGCUCAGUUGCAUUGGGACUGAGUGCUUCAAAUUGUCCUUUAUUAUAAUUACUGCUGUGACAUUAUUUGGUACUUUUGUGUCACUUAUUUUGGUGCUUAGAACUAGAAAAUUUUAUAAGAGUGACAUUUAUAAGAAGUUCCGGGAGGCAGCACAAGCAGCAGAGACAGAGAUGGCGGUGGCCAGCAAUGGCAUCCAACAACAGACAGAAAUGAAGACAGGUAGCUAGGAUUAAACAUAGUAUAAGAAAGAAGCAAAUAGUUUACUCGUGAAAAUUCAUUGUAAUCAAAUACAAUAAUAUCCCGAUUUGUAUUUCAAACAUGUAUAAUAUUUUUCAUAUAAUGAAAUAUAAUUUCACUUUUCUUUUAAAAAAA